UUGCCGGAAGUAUGGCCCGUGUGGCGCUCCGUACUGCCCUGUGUAGUGUGUGCACCGGCUUCUAACAUCCGCUACUUGCUGUGUGCUGGGCUGUAGUAUUGGGAGCUUACCGAGAUACCGGAUAAAGCCAUGUCGACUGAGAAAGGGGACCUGGACCUGAGCGGGGCCAAACAAAACACCGGAAUGUGGCUGGUGAAGCUGCCAAAAUACUUGGCACAGCAGUGGGCAAAAGCUUCAGGACGUGGAGAAGUUGGAAAACUUAGAAUAGCUAAAAACCAAGGGAAGACAGAGGUAUCAUUUACUCUCAAUGAAGAACUUGCAAGCAUCCAGGAUAUAGGAGGCAAAGCUGCCUCGUCAUCCGUUACUGCGCCAAGGGAGCAUCCGUUUCAAUUACAGAGUGUGGGAGGUCAGACUCUCACAGUGUUUACUGAGAGCUUAUCAGGCCAGUCUGAUGAUAGAUCUGAAAGCAGGACUACUGAUAAACUCGCAAUAGAAGGGAUUGUAGUACAACGUGCUGAAUGCAGACCAGCUGUCAAUGAUCACUAUAUGCAGAUGAAGAGACGACAGAUAGAAGAAUCUUCAAAGCCAAAGAGACAAUCACAGCAAAUUGAAAAAGCUAUAACAACAAAUUACAAACCUGUAGCUAACCAUCAAUACAAUAUUGAAUACGAGAAAAAGAAGAAGGAUGAUGGAAAACGUGCUCGUGCAGAUAGGCAGCAGGUUUUGGAUAUGCUCUUUUCAGCAUUUGAAAAGCAUCAAUACUACAACAUUAAAGACCUUGUCGAUAUCACAAAGCAGCCUGUGACAUACCUGAAGGAUAUUCUGAGAGACAUUGGAACAUACAAUGUGAAAGGAACACACAAAAAUACAUGGGAGCUGAAACCAGAAUACAGACAUUACCAAGCAGAAGAUAAAAGUGAUUAGCGUUGGAUAACACCAAAAGGAAAAUAAGGAUGACUGGCCAUUAUUUGCAACUAACAUCAGCUUAUCAAACUCACCAUUUUACCUUCUAGACAACACAGAGGCCUCUGUGACAGUAAAAUGUUUUUGAAUAUAUUUAAAAAAAAAAAAGGUUCUUUGAUCCAGAUUGGCGUUUAAUACACAGUAUUUUGCAAAAAAUAAUAAUAUUUUUGAUACUUUAUAUCCAUUUUUGUUAAAAGCAGUUAACUUCAAGCCAAAAAAAAGCGAGGUUUGUUUUUGUCAUCCAAUUGCAAUUUGUGCAAUGUAAAAGCAGCAUGGAAGUGAUAAAGUGUCACUAACAGAAAGUGGGGCAAAUUCUCAAUACUGUGUAAACCAGUUGAUAUCAGCACUAUCAUUCUUUUAGUUCCCAUGGUGAUUGCCCCACAUUUAGGGAUAAUUGGCUGUUUUGUUGGUAAUGCAGAA